AUCACUAUUAUGUGAAUGUACAGCGCAUACUUCUAUUUAACACUGAACUGCUGUUUCUCAACAGGGUGUGCAGCCUUAUUGGCACAAGGGCUCUGCUGUCGUCCUAAAGAAUAUCCUACAAGAGCUGGGCAAUGUUGUCCUAUGUGCAGCGAAGGAACCAUUGUUCAGAGAGACUGCACGUCACAGUCAGGCACACGCUGCAGCCGCUGUAAAAACGGGACUUUUAUGAACCAACCCAACGGACUGGAUAAAUGUAACACAUGCACCUCCUGUGACUCAGGCCACGGUCUCUUUGUCCUGCAGGUCUGUUCAGAAACAACUGACGCAGUCUGUGAAGUUAUAGAGGGGUAUUUCUGCAAAGAUUUAGAUGUGACAGGGUGCAGUGUGGCCCAAAAGCAUACACAAUGUUUACCUGGUGAGAGGAUAAAAGAACCUGGUAAGUAAAAUACAGGUCACACUCUCCUGAUAGUGACAGUUUACAUGCACACUAAAGUCCUGGGGCCUCAUUUAUAACGCUGUGAGUAGGAUUCACGUGGGAAGGUUGUAGAAAUCCAAAAAAUAGGUACAGAAAUGUUCCGACAUUUUCCGAUUCACCAAACAUUGCGUACCAGCGAGAAAAGUGCGUACAGCAAUUCCUACGCCGGUUUCCCUUUUAUAAAUCACAAU